AUGAGCAAACAAAAAACUGAUUUAAGAUAUAUUUUCCAUUUCAGGUCUUUGCCUAUUGAGAACAACCGGAAGAUGCAUCAAAUAAAUAAAGAGAUCGAAUCGAUUCUAAGAGGUUUAAUUGGGAAAAGAAUGCAAGCUAUGAAAGAAGGUGAAAGCACAAAAGAUGAUUUACUUGGCAUAUUGCUUGAGUCAAACACAAAGCACAUGGAAGAGAAUGGUCAAUCAAGCCAGGGGUUGACAAUCAAGGAUAUCGUGGAGGAGUGCAAGCUGUUCUACUUUGCAGGAGCGGAGACAACAUCAGUGCUUCUCACAUGGACCAUGCUGCUAUUAAGCAUACACCCGGAGUGGCAGGACCAUGCAAGGGAAGAGAUUAUGGGAUUAUUUAGGAAGAACAAACCUGACUACGAAGGCUUGAGCCGCCUCAAAAUUGUGACAAUGAUCUUCUACGAGGUUCUUCGGUUGCACCCACCGUUCAUCGAGAUUGGUUGGAAAACAUACAAAGAGAUGGAGAUAGGAGGAGUCACUUACCCAGCUGGUGUUAGCAUUAAAAUCCCCGUGUUGUUCAUCCACCAUGAUCCGGACUCAUGGGGAAGUGAUGUGCAUGAGUUCAAGCCUGAGAGGUUCUCUGAGGGGAUCUCUAAGGCGUCUAAGGAUCCGGGAGCAUUCCUCCCAUUCGGUUGGGGGCCACGAAUCUGCAUCGGCCAAAACUUCGCGCUGCUUGAGUCCAAGAUGGCAUUGUGCCUGAUUCUUCAACGCUUGGAGUUUGAGCUUGCGCCAUCAUAUACUCAUGCGCCGCAUACUAUGGUAACUCUGCAUCCAAUGCACGGUGCACAGAUGAAAGUUAGAGCUAUAUGAUCAUUUCAGAUUAUAGCGUGUUUUAUUAUUACAACUCUUGGUUGUGAGUUGUGAUAUUUGUACCUUUGUAAUAAAAUUGGGAUAAGGGAUACCUACAUUAUUAGUAUACUAGCAAAAGUGCCCAUGCAUUGCAAUGGGAAGAAAAGGCGAGAAAAUUGAGGAACUGUUGAGAAAGAUUUACAUUAUCUAAUUAAUUGAAAAACAAAUUUUCCAGAA